CCUCAUCUUCUCCAUAACUUUAAGCCAACAGGAUCCUGAGGCGCAGUCCUUCCAGGUUUCAGGGUUGUUGCACCAGAGGAAAAGGGGAAUUUGGUUUUGGGCCUUCGAACAAUGGACAUGGACCACAUCACCAAUGUCAUGGAGCUUGAGCCGCUGGCCAAACAGAAGCUCUCAAAGGUGGUUUAUGAUUACUAUGCAUCUGGAGCCGAGGACGAGAACACACUCAAGCUGAACCGCUUUGCGUUUGAGCAUUAUCGUCUGAAGCCCAGGGUCCUAGUGGACAUUAGUGACCAAGACCUGAGGACCAGCAUACUGGGCCACGAAAUAUCCAUGCCCAUAAUGAUAGCCCCCACAGCUAUGCACAAGAUGGCUCACCAUGAAGGUGAGCUGGCGACUGCGCGGGCGGCGGCGGCAACGGGCACAGCCAUGGUGCUGUCGGCCCAUGCUACGUCGAGCAUCGAGGAGGUCGCCUCGACCGGACCCGGCCUGCGCUUUUUCCAACUCUAUGUGUAUAGAAACCGGGCACUCGUGGCGCAGCUAGUGAAGAGGGCUGAACGGGCCGGGUACACAGCCAUCGUCCUGACAGCUGACGCACCAAGGCUGGGUAAACGUGAAGCUGACGUCAAGAACAGGUUCCAGAUGCCCGCUGGCAUGACUUUGAAGAACUUCGAGGACCUGGGCGCAGUUUCUUCCGAAAAGGCUUCCACCAAUCCAGCCCUGGCCUCCCUCUACCUUGCUAGUCAAUUUGACCCCUCUCUUCAGUGGAAGGACGUUCGAUGGCUCCAAAGCGUCACGUCGCUCCCCAUCCUUGUCAAAGGCGUGAUGACCGCAGCCGAUGCAAAGCUCGCUAUCAGCCACGGAGCUAAGGGCAUUAUUGUUUCGAACCACGGGGGCCGCCAGCUAGAUCACACCCAGGCCACGAUCCAAGCUCUCGAAGAGGUAGUGCUUGCUGCGGACGGAAGAGUUCCGGUCUUCCUCGACGGAGGCGUCCGGAGGGGGACGGACGUCCUCAAAGCGCUUGCUCUAGGAGCGAAGGCCGUUCUUGUUGGUCGGCCGGUGCUUUACGGUCUCGCCUCCGGUGGGCAAGCCGGCGUAGAGAAAGUGCUCACUAUGCUGAAAGACGAGCUUGAACUGGCAAUGGCACUCGUCGGCUGUCCGUCCAUCAAGGAUAUCAAGCGCUCGUGUAUAGUUACACCGACGGACCGGUUGAGGGAAGCGAUGCCGUCAAGUAAGCUUGCACGCUUGUAAUCUGCGGAUGUAGCUAGAUGAAGUUUGUACAUAGAACUUAAGCACCCUUUCGUUUGCGAGAGGAAGUGUAAACAUAUCGUUUUAGACCGCUAAACAGAAGGUGGCGAUACGUUAGUCCGGACUAAUUAUGGACGUCCAACCAAGAGUCGGCCGAUCUUCAGAGGACAUCAUGGCAUGCUAUACACUACUGUACAGCAGCGGCAGCCUGGCAGUGGCAGGCGCUAAUUCUGAACAUUGCACGCUGGUAUACGUUCGUUCGUGUUCGAUUCAAGUUCGUCAAACGGGAC